GGAGGGAGAAGAUUAUGCGCUAUCGCGUAUGCGUAUACUGCGAACGUACGUCGACGUCAAUCGGUUGCGCGUAGCUACGUUCUUUACGCGCGGUCAUCGUUUCGUCACUCUACGUUAACGCAUAAUUAUGAGCUGCGGAUUCGUCACUUGCGGUCCGAACGAGGCUCUCGUCGUGUCAGGAUGUUGCUACAGCAAACCUCUUUUGGUGCCUGGAGGCCGGGUAUUUGUUUGGCCUCUUGUACAACAAGUACAAAAGAUUUCAUUGAAUACUAUGACUUUACAAGUCGAAAGUCCAACGGUGUAUACUUGUCAAGGAGUUCCCAUAUCUGUAACAGGCAUAGCACAGGUAAAAAUUCAAGGACAAAAUGAAGAGAUGUUAUCUACAGCAUGUGAGCAGUUUCUUGGGAAAUCUGAGGAAGAGAUACACAAUAUAGCUCUUGUCACCCUAGAAGGUCAUCAACGAGCUAUAAUGGGUAGUAUGACUGUAGAGGAAAUUUACAAGGAUCGUAAAAAAUUUAGCAAAGAAGUUUUUGAAGUUGCGAGCAGUGACCUAGUCAAUAUGGGCAUUACUGUCGUAUCAUACACGUUAAAAGAUAUUCGGGACGAGGAAGGGGCAAAGGGCUAUCUACAAGCACUCGGUAUGGCGCGUACAGCAGAGGUGAAGAGAGAUGCUAGAAUAGGUGAAGCAGAAGCGCGUAGAGAUGCUCAAAUUAGAGAAGCUAUCGCCGAGGAACAAAGAAUGGCUGCACGUUUCCUGAAUGACACAGAGAUCGCGAAAGCACAACGCGACUUUGAAUUGAAAAAGGCCGCUUAUGAUGUCGAAGUUCAAACUAAAAAAGCCGAGGCAGAAAUGGCUUUCGAACUACAAGCGGCGAAAACCAAGCAGAGAAUUAUGGAGGAGCAAAUGCAAGUGAAGGUUGUUGAACGCAGUCAGGAAAUCGCUGUGCAGGAGCAAGAGAUGCUAAGACGCGAAAGAGAAUUAGAUGCCACUGUACGACGUCCUGCUGAUGCCGAGAAAUACAGAUUAGAGAAAAUGGCCGAAGCGAACAAAUUGCGCCUUGUCAUGGAAGCCGAAGCGGAAGCUGAAGCCAUUAAAAUUCGCGGUGAAGCGGAAGCUUUUGCUAUCGAGGCGAAAGCUAAGGCAGAGGCAGAACAAAUGGCAAAGAAAGCCGCCGCGUGGAACGAAUAUAAGAGCGCGGCCAUGAUCGAUAUGAUGCUUGAUACGCUUCCAAAGGUUGCCGCCGAAGUAGCCGCUCCUCUUUCUCAGGCAAAAAAGAUAACAAUGGUUUCGAGCGGUAAUGGCACAGUCGGCGCGGAAAAAUUAACCGAGGAAGUCUUCAAUAUUGUACAACGUGUUCCAGAUCUUGUUAAAAAUUUGACGGGUGUGGAUAUCGCGAAGUCGGUUCAUGCUGCGUAAAUGUGCCAUACAGGACAGUUGAAUGAUUUCCCUGGUCAUGCAUUAUUGUACAUUUAUGGAAAGUAUUCAGUGAAUUCUUCUGUUUUAUAUAUAUAUAUAUGUUUAUUUUAAGUCUUGCCCUACAGCGCGAGCCAAGUGUAAUUGAAUAUCGGAAUUUCUAUAUUAUGAAAAUUUAACACUUUCACUGCCAUUUUAUAGCGUUUGCUUGAAACACAUGUGUAUAUGGUUUCAAAUUGACGCAUUGCUUUCGAUUUCGAAAGUUAACUAGUUUAUAUAAAUUUAUGUUCUGAUUUUUUCCCUACAAAAUUUUUAAGAAUUCACUCGCACAAGGAAUUUCGUUCAUCCCAAUAAAUUUUAUUAAUCUAGACAGUGAAAGUGUGGUACAACAUUAGUAUCGCUUACUACUGAUAUUAUUUUUAUACCAAUCACUUUUUAAUUGAUAUUUUACUACUAUAUUUAGUAUAUUUUCCUAUCAACUCAAUGUAUUUUUAAAUGAAUGAAAAAGAUGUGUGCGUUCUUUGUCGAAUCUCUUAGGGACCGACCAUGAUGGUCCACUUGUUUGUCUAUAACUCUAUGCCAAUACGUGCCGAAUGCCACUUCUCUAAAUAUUCUAUGUAUCUUAUAAAUAUAAUUACCAAGCAACUGUUUAGAGAAGAAAGUAUUUAAUGUUUCUCGAUCAUUUAAUAUAGUUCAAGGUAAAAAAAAUUUUUCUUCUAGUCUUCGAGAUAAAUUUAUAUGCAACAUUUGCGUGUGAGCGUUCUAUUUUCUGUAUUUAUAGGAUAAAAAAAAUAUAUAUUUUAUCCCCUGUUUAUAUAUAUAUAAUCAAUAAUCACUGUGAUCCAAUCAUUUAUAUGAAUCAUAGUUGUAACUUUUGAAUAAGAGUUUCGGAUUACAAACAUUUAUAUGAUCGACAUAAAGCUUUAAAAAUAAAUAAAUAUAUAUUCGAUUUUAUGUAAAGCAAUGACACAAGUAAAUGUUACGAGU